AUGUCACUUGCAUCAACAUCAAUUGACUCAAGUCAACUUCCCGACUUGAUUUCUAAAAAUAUUGAUGUAAAUUCUCGUCAAAUUAUUAAAGAAGGUUGGCUUUACAAACGUGGUGAACACAUUAAGAAUUGGCGAUCACGAUAUUUUAUUUUGCGUUCAGAUGGUUCUCUUGUUGGGUACAAAAAUCGACCAGAUGCAUCAAUUCCUUCAGAACCUUCAAAUAAUUUUACUGUUGCACGAUGUCAAAUUAUGUCUGUUGAUCGACCUCGUCCAUUUACUUUUAUAAUUCGUGGAUUGCAAUGGACUACAGUUAUUGAAAGAAUGUUUUAUGUCGAAACGGAGCAUGAAAGGGCUCAGUGGGUUGAAGCUAUAAGGAGUGUUGCAAAUCGUCUAAGUGAAAUUGAUCAACAAAAACAGCAAGCUGAAAUAAAUGAAGACGUAGAAAUGGUUCCUAUUGCAGAAGACGCCUUAUUAAAUGAAAAAUUUUCUCUGCAAGGAACUUCUACUGGAAAAGUGAGCGGAAGAAGGAAAGUUACAUUGGAGAACUUUGAGUUCUUGAAAGUUCUUGGAAAAGGAACAUUUGGGAAAGUCAUUUUGUGUCGUGAAAAAAUUACUGCAAAAUUAUAUGCUAUCAAGAUUUUAAAAAAAGAAGUAAUCAUUCAAAAGGACGAAGUAAAGCACACGAUGGCAGAAAAUCGUGUAUUACAAAGAACAAAUCACCCAUUUUUAAUUUCGCUGAAAUAUUCAUUUCAAACUAAUGAACGUUUGUGCUUUGUUAUGGAGUAUGUAAAUGGUGGAGAAUUAUUCUUUCAUUUGAGCCGUGAUAGAAUAUUUUCUGAAGAACGAACUCGAUUCUACGGUGCAGAAAUUAUUUCAGCGCUUGGAUAUUUGCAUUCGCACAACAUAAUUUAUAGAGACUUGAAACUGGAAAAUCUUUUACUUGAUAAAGAUGGUCACAUAAAAAUUGCCGAUUUUGGUCUAUGUAAAGAAGAUAUUACAUAUGGACGUACAACAAAAACUUUUUGUGGUACUCCCGAAUAUCUAGCACCUGAGGUACUUGAAGAUAACGAUUAUGGAAGGGCAGUUGAUUGGUGGGGAACUGGUGUUGUUAUGUAUGAAAUGAUAUGUGGAAGAUUGCCAUUUUAUAAUCGCGACCACGAUGUUUUGUUUACAUUGAUAAUGGUUGAAGAUGUAAAGUUUCCUAGAAAUAUAUCAAGUGAUGCAAGAUCUUUGCUGAGUGGAUUUUUAGAAAAGAACCCACAAAAGCGUUUAGGCGGAGGUCCUGAUGACGUGAGAGAAAUCAUGGCUCAUGCAUUCUUUGCAAACAUCAAUUGGGCUGAUUUGGUCAAUAAAAAGAUUGUUCCACCGUUCAAACCACAAGUUACCUCAGAUACAGACACACGAUACUUUGAUUCGGAAUUCACAGGAGAGAGUGUAGAAUUGACUCCACCUGAUCCUGGAGUACAGUUGCAAUCCAUUCAGGAGGAGCCUCACUUUUCACAAUUUAGUUACCAGGACCUAAAUUCAUACAUGAGCAAUUCAACAUUGGCAUCGUUACAAUAGAUUAUUUCUUUUGGAUCAUCUUUUUACGAGAUAUACUAAGAUAAUCUCCUGAAAAUUACAGAAAAUUACUUUUAGGAUAAAAGUUUUUUUGCUUAAAAAAAACUGUGAUAAUUUUAUGAACUGGUAAAGUUUACCAUUUAGAUUAAUAGAAGAGAAAAAUGGAAUUAUUCUGAAAUAUUAUGGACUAUCGAAGUAAUAUACGAAGAAAAAUAACUCUUCGAGUAAAAUUACUGAGAGUUUGCUUGUUUAUUAUUAAUAAAAAAAUAAGUACGUUACUGCCACAAAGCUUUCAACAAAAAUAUCAAUAAUCACCAUCAAUAUGCCAAAACAUUUUUUGAAUGAUUAAAAAUAGCAUGCAGAAUGGUAGUAUUUAACAAUCGAAAAUGGUGCUCAAAAAGCAUUUGUCUUAUGAUAAAAUGUUAUUAACAAAGUUUUAACGCAAAAGUGAAAGAAAAACGACAAAUUCCUCCUAAAUUAAAGCAUAAAUCCCAAAUGUUUUGACUUCAAAUUAAACAGAAAUAACUGAUUAUUUUCAAUGCAUUUUCCUGCUCUAAUGAUAUGAUUUUGAAAAUAAAAAUUCAAUUUAAAGUAUUUAAACAAACAAAAUAAGGCAAGAUCAAAAACUUGUAGUGACGCUCAGCAAAAAUUUUGAAUUUCUGAAUCAUUAAUUUAAGUUAUAUAUGUGGAAAAGACUUGUGUUUUUCUUGUAGUGGUCAAGACUCCCAAAAACUGGGAUAAAAAGAUUCACUUGGAAUUAGGACUUUAAUUUAAAGUGCUCAGCGUCACCAAAAAAAUGUAAGGGAAGUCGAUUUUACACUAUGUUGCGAAUUUGCAAUAUCUCUGUAACGCAUUCAAUAAGCAUAGAAAUUAUUUGUAUCAGGGACGAAGCCAGAAAUUAUUUAAGAACUAGCUUUGUUCAAAAAAAAAAGUUUACAAAUAUGAUUGUCUUUAUGCAUAAUUAUGUUUCUAUUUAACAUAAUUAUGUUUAAAAGAAAAUUUCAAAAUCAAAAUUUAAUUAACAAAGUUACAGUGACUUUUAGUAAACUUGUCUCUAUUCGUUGCUGUCUUGUUAUUCUAAUUAUCUAUUAAUUUAAAACUAUAAGGCUACAUUAGAUGCAUCUCGUGGCAAAAAAUUACAUAAAUAUAAAUGCGAUGCUCAUUCGAAAUUAAAAUGUUUUAUUUUUUUUUUGUUAAAUUAACUCAUUUCUAAGGCAUUUCUGGAUUCAAUUACAAAGGAAAGUUACUUUUUAUAUACUUAACAAUAGUUAACUGGUAAUCAGAGAAAAAUAAUUUUUCAACAAAUUGAUUUUUAGUCAAUUAAACUAAAUCUAUUGUGUUUUUUUUAAAUUAAACUAAUGAAUUAAUAAGUCGCCAUUUUCGACCUUUGAAAAAUCAUAGAAACUGGAUGCUGGCAAGCAGAGAAAUCAGCAUUUGGAGUCCUUUUUUCUGAUCUUGCCCAAUAAUAUGUGUACACAUGAUUAAUUUAAUUUCCAAUAAUAUAAUUUUAUUUUUACGUAAUCAUUAAGGAUAUAAUUUGUAAUUAAUAUUGUUUUCCUGAUAAAUAAAAUGCUUUAAUGUUAUUCUCAAACCAUUCUUGUACAUUAAUUUAAAUAAAUAAUACAAGGCAUCAAUAAAUUUUUAAAGAUAUUUUGCUGAA